AGUUUCCCCGCCCCUUUGACGCUGGGGUGGUUGGCAGAAGCACCGCCCACUCUGGUUUCCGUGGCAGCGGCUGAUUUCCAUAGAAGGUGUUUGCUUAUGUCGACAUGUGGCAUGUUAUUUGUUGGUAUACGUUCAAGCCAACAACACUGGUGCGAAGUUUCUCCAUAAGUUGCUUGAAAUACGCCAAAGCCCGAGGCCUCAGGAAGAAGAAAGAGCUUUCUGAAAAGAAACUGACCCGUUACUUUGUGGAUCACCGUACAGUCAGAGUGUAUGGAGGGAGAGGUGGUGAUGGAAUAUGCACCUUCCACAGUGAACCCCGCAAAGAAUUUGGAGGACCUGAUGGUGGAAAUGGAGGGGAUGGCGGACAUGUUAUUUUAAAAGUUGCUCGGCAAAUAAAAUCACUGUCCUCUAUUGUAUCCCUUUAUCGCGGCGAUAAUGGAGAAUCUGGCGGAAGUAAAAACUGUUAUGGAAAAAAGGCACCUCACACUUACGUAUUGGUGCCGAUUGGUACUAUAGUCAAAGAAAAUGGGAAGGUCGUGGCUGAUCUCUCAUCUCACGAAGAGGAAUUUGUCGCUGCCUAUGGGGGACUUGGUGGCAAGGGCAAUCGCUUCUUUCUGUCAAAUGAAAAUCGGGCACCAAUGACUGCUACCCCUGGGGACUUUGGUCAGGAACGGGUCUUGCAGCUGGAGCUCAGAACCAUAGCUCAUGCUGGAAUGGUUGGUUUUCCCAAUGCUGGAAAAUCCUCUCUUCUGCGAGCAAUCUCAAAUGCCCAGCCAGCAGUAGCAGAUUAUCCGUUUACUACAUUAAACCCUCAUGUUGGUGUGGUGCAUUAUCAAGACUUUGAGCAGAUUGCAGUUGCAGAUAUCCCUGGAAUCAUCAGAGAAGCUCACAGAAACAAAGGCCUAGGAAUUGCCUUCCUGAGACAUAUUGAACGUUGCCGCUUUCUACUGUUUGUGCUCGAUCUUUCAAAAUCAGAUCCUUGGCAGCAGCUGGAAGAUUUAAAGUAUGAACUGGAGCAGUAUGAUACAGGAUUAGCAGAAAGACCAUUUUGUAUAAUUGGGAACAAAAUAGACCUUCCAGAGUCCAAAGCCAACCUUGUUCUGCUUCGAGAAAAGUUAAGGAAGCAUGUAAUAAUUCCAGUAUCAGCACUAACUGGUGCAAACGUUGAAGAACUUAUAUUGCAUCUCAGGGAACUUUAUGAUGGAUACCUGGAGGAUGCUCAGAUUAAAGGUUGCAUGCCAGUCAAAUGGUAAAAUUAUACUUGAGGAAAUACAUAUCCAAAAUAAAUUAUUAAACUGGUCAAAAAAUAAAUUGAGAGAUUCUUUUGUUGUGAACAGAAAGCAUUAUAGACUUUAUGUUCCUUUACAUAAUAUGCAGUUCUGAAGAGAAAUAAUCACCAAUGCUUUGUUC